GUCAUCUUCAUAAUUUUAUUUUUUUAUUAAAUUUUAGAAUCCAUAUAAAGUGAAAUCACCGUACCAAUAUCCCAAUUGUGUAUAUCCGUUCGAAGUGGUUAAACGCUUAUUGUAAAAAUGAUUUUAAUGGAUAUAUAUGACACUGUAAGCUGGUGGACUUUAGUCAUAGCUGUCCAGGUCGUUAUCGGGUCUGCAUAUUUUUUAUGGCAGAAAAAACCUAAAGAACCAGAAGACAAACUGACAAAGAAGAAAUUAAUGGACUGGAAACCAUUACCUUUGGUCGAACGUACAUUUGAAGUUGAAGAACCUAUUUUAAUAGAUGAUAUAAGUGAAAAUGUUCUCAAUGUAGGCGCUACUAGUUUCUUAUGUCUCGACAAGGAGCCUUCAAUUGUUGAAAGUUCUAUUAAAUCAUUACACAAGUAUGGUGUGGGAUCCUGUGGUCCGAGAGGAUUCUAUGGUACAAUAGAUGUUCAUUUAGAAUUAGAAGAGAGACUGGCAAAGUUCCUCCAAGUUGAAGAGACUUGUGUUUACUCAUAUGGUUUCUCUACAGUUGCCAGUGCAAUACCUGCAUAUGCAAAAAAGGGAGACAUAAUUUUUGCAGAUGAGAAAGUAUGGUUUGCGAUUCAAAAAGGUAUUGAUGCUGCUCGAAGCACUGUCAGAUAUUUCAAACAUAAUGACAUGAAUGACCUUGAACGAUUACUUGAAGAGGCAGCUACAAAAAAGGAGUUGAAUCCUAAGAGAAGGGCAUUUUUAAUAGCCGAAGCCAUUUAUUUCAAUACAGGAAAAAUGUGCCCAUUGCGGAAGCUUGUCGAAUUAGCACGAAGAUUUAAAUUAAGAAUUAUAUUGGACGAAAGUUUAACUAUUGGGGUAAUAGGUAAACAUGGGCGUGGCCUGACGGAGCACCUGAACGUGCCCCGUGAUGAGAUCGAUCUCAUUGUGGGCUCUUUGGAACAUUCCUUCGCCACUAUCGGCGGUUUCUGUGCCGGAACGCAUUUUAUUGUAGAGCAUCAGAGACUUUCUGGUCUAGGAUACUGCUUCAGCGCGUCUUUACCACCGAUGCUGACUCAGGCGGCCAUUUGUGCACUAGAUAUUAUUGAAGAGAAACCAUACAUUAUCAGUGAGCUAGAUGAAAACUCGAAGAAAUUGAACAAAGCCCUUGUAAACUUGAAGCACUAUACAUUCAGCGGCGAUGAAUUAUCACCAGUCAAACAUAUAUACCUAAAAAACUCUGAACUUCCCGACAAACUCAAAAACUCGUACUUGAGAAACAUCACCAACUAUUGUCUUGAGAAAGGUUUUGCGAUGGCGGUCGCGGCUUACAUAAGAGAUACUGAAGUUAAUUGCCCGGAACCUUCUAUUCGGCUAGCGUCCAGUAGAAAAUUGAACGAUACUAACAUCACUCAGAUUUGUACAUUAUUGGAUGAGGCCUAUGAAAAAGUUGGGCCUAAGUGAAAUGAAUAUUUAAAUAUUUUUUUUAUCUAAUUAUUAGCAAAAACGAAUGUCUGAUUUUAUAUUAUAUUAAAAUUCAAAAUGGCCGGUAUUUUAUGUUAAAUCGUUUUACAUUAUUGUCAGUUUUUAUUUAUUUUACAGCAUUUCAAUAUUUAAAGUACAGCCUAUUUAAUUUAAUUGUAAUAGACAUUCCUAUUUUAACUUAUUUUAGAUAGUAUUGUUUUAGUCGUUUUUUUUUGUAUCUGUAAGAAUAAAGUUGCAUUUUUUCCAUGCAUGCCUGUUAGUAGUAAUUCCAUUCCUACUCUGUAAAGUUUUGGUUUUUAGAAACUUUUAAAAUAUUAAAUAUAAUAAAUAAAUGAUCUAUAUUUAACCAAGAAACUUUUAUUUAAAAGGUUUUAUUUAGGUGUAAUUAUAGUUAAAAAGGGGUUAAUAGUUAUUGUUAUAUGUAUAAG